UGUGUUUAUUUUCUCGCACUCCCCGAGAGAAGCAUCAGCUCUGCUGCCAGGGCUCUGUCUCUCUCUCUCUCUCGCUCGCUCACACUCUCUCAAUCCCAGCACUAGCAUGGCCCCCCCGCUCCCUAGACACAGACAGAUAACCAAGAAGACAGCUUUCUGCUCCUGCCCGCCAUCGACGAUGGGCUCCUGCAUUUCCAAAGAGCUCGACAGCGCCCUCAAGCCUCCUAUCCCAGACCUGCACUGUGCCGAGGACCAUGCCAUUCUGAAGGUGUGUUUUACCCGAUGCCUGGAGCCGGAUCAGUCUGGAUUUUGUUGGGACCCCUUGGAGAAAUGCUUCAAGGCGUCCAAUGGGAUUUUGACAGAGAAGAAGCAGAACAAUGGUGGCUAUGACAUAACGGAGCUGGCAACUUCAUCAAUAUUUGGUCUGGUCGCAACCAUCAAGGACCACAUUACAAAGCCAACAGCCAUGGCCCGUGGUCGUGUUGCCCACCUCAUUGAAUGGAAAGGCUGGAGCAGCAGGCAAGAGAGCUGGAGCGGCCCACCACUACCAGACGAGGAGCAAUACAGCGACCUGACCGAUGAGCUCAAAGAAGCCCGCUUUGCUGCAGGGGUGGCAGAGCAGUUUGCCAUUGCUGAGGCCACCAUGAGUGCCUGGUCAUCCAUGGAUGAUGGCGAUGAUCCUGAUGGAAAGGCUUCCCAGGAUUCUAUGCUUUUCCAAGAUCCAGAGGGUAUAUAUCUCCAGAACGUCCUGCUGAAUGGCCCCCAGAGACUGUACAGUGUGAAUCUCGAUGGGGACGACGGCGCUCUCUACUCCUAUGAGUCCUCCUCAGCCACUUCAUUACCACUGCGUAACUUUCAGCCAGAGGACAGUCCUCUGGAGCAGCAAGUUGUACCUGCUGUCCCUGUGACAGGCCUUCCAUCUUCCCUCUUUGGGGACACCAUAGUGGAGAGGGAGUUUCCCCGAAUUGCGCAGAGGACCCUGAGGGGGACACUCCAGCCAAGACGGAGCAGCUCCAUCCGCCACGCAGACAGCAGCUCCCUGUCAGAAGACGAAGUCUUUUAUAACUAGGUGUGCUUGUCCAACCGAUGAAGCAUCAGAGACGGGGUUUCUAACAAGCAUUUUCCAUGUGUCAGACUUCUGACGUGUUGCUCCUGGUGGAGCGACAUUGAUGCUGCAUUUCCAACAGUUUCCGGAGUCUGCAAUCAGAUGAGACUGGGUACUUCCAGACUGGGAAAUCCAACCCUUUAGUCCAAAGCUCAGCCCAAUCAUUCUCCAGAAGCCUUGUAAAGCCUGUUACCUGUGAGGGGGCUUCAGCCCUGCAUGAUGAUGAGCGCUGGCACUGAUUUGGUUGGAGGACCUUGACUGAGGAGAUCUCAUUCCAAGAUUUCCUUCAGGAUGUUUGGAGUGCAUUUUCUCCAUUUGUUACAGUGGGGGGGGGGGGGUUUCACAUGUAGAAUGGCAGAUGACUGGGCACUCGUUGUCUGAAUGUCACGAACGCACGUCUUGAUUGUUACUGGCCGUUUCUGCCAGGGGGUGGUGACGUGAUGAAGCUUCUGUGGAUUUUGUAAGUGAAUUUAAAAAAAUUUUAAAAAAUGUCGGUAAGUAGUCCUGUAGAAGGGAUGUAGGUUGGAGCAAAAAUGUUGAUUCUAAUCUCUGACGAGUGAUAGUUAGGUUAAGACAUCUCUUAAGACGACCGAUCUUGUAGUCCUUAAGUGAUCGGUCGACUGUUGGAAAAUCCUUGGCCGUGCUCACAGGGGUGAUUUGGCAUUAUUCUCCAAUGUUCCGUCUGUCCAAGACUCAGUAACUCUCACACUUGCAAGAAAGUCCCGAGAAGGUGUUGCUGACGCUGAAACAGAUAAUGUCACCGCCUGUGUCCUGCCGUGCCUCCUUUGUUGACGUGCUUACACCUUUCCAAUGUUCUUCAUAACGUCAAGACAAGCAGGAAUCCACUGCUCUCACUGUGUACCGAUCCUACCGACUACGCCAAGUGGUUUGUAACGUCGCUUCGUUUUAUAUUUUAGGUCAGAACUGUAUCUAUCCUUGGGGACAAAUAAAAAAAAUCAUGAAAAAAAA